AUGACGGAGCCAAGACGGCUUAAAGGCCAUAAAGCCAUUGCCACGUACUGUAUUGCUUCUCGUGACCGGCCCGGCCUAGUUGCCACCGCCGGUGAGGAUGGUUGUGUUUGCUUUUUCGAUUUACGGUGCAAAGAUGUGUUAUUGGUGAUGGAUGUUGGGAAUAAUAAUCCCAUCUCAUCUCUCUGUUUCAAGACAGGGAAUGAAAACAUUAUUUAUGUGUCUGCUGGAAAUGAAGUCAGAUGUUAUGAUGUGAACCUGGCCGCAUCAUGGAAGCCACUAGAGAGCUACUCUUACAAUAAGGAUGAGAUAAAUCAGAUUGCCUGCAACCCGAAGUCAUCUUUCCUUGCUGCGGCAGAUGAUUGUGGUGAUGUUAAGAUAGUUGACAUCCGGAAUCAUUGCCUUUAUAAAACAUUAAGAGCUGGACAUUCUACUAUUUGUAGCAGCGUUCAGUUCCUACCUUGGAGACCUUGGGAAGUCAUUACUGGUGGUCUUGAUUCAAAGCUUUUCAUGUGGGACUUCUCGAAGGGACGCCCUCAGAAAGUUGCAGACUUUGGAAUGCCUGAUAUGACCAAUACUGGUGAUUCGGGACAGUGUUUGAAUCCUGCCUUUGUCCACUCGCUGGCUGUUCCUGAUAUAGAUGUGGUAGAUAAAGUGGGCAAGAUCUGUGCUGUGGCUAGGGGUGAUGGUGCUGUAAAUGUGCUCAAUAUUGAACUGGAACUAGCUGCAAUCAAGUCCAAGACUUCAUCUAAAACCAAAAAGGUUACAAAGUCGGUGUCUGACAGCAGUAUUUCUCCUGGUCCGCUUCAUGUUGGAAGCAGGAAGAAGUUGCAUUUGGAGCAUUCUAUGGGAGGUCACUCUGCUGCUGUAUCCUGUGUGACAUUUUCAUUGUUUGGAGAGAAAGGUAAAUUUAUAAUUUCCGGCGGAAAUGAUAAAUCAGUGAAGGUAUGGGAUUGGUACGAUUCUUAUGAUGCUGGAGCAAUCAGUGGCGGCACCAAUAUUCUAUCUAAGAAUUUCGGCUUGAGCAAAAAGGUUAACUGGCUCUGUACUACGCCUAUGGAUUCAGAGAACCUUGUUGUUUGUGAUACAUCUAGGGUCGUCAAGGUUUUUAGUGUAACCUAA